CAGCAGCCGUUUUCCCUCUUGUCUAAUCACUAUACAUUUUGAAACUCUGCAGAAAUGGCUGACAAGGACGAACAUGAUGCGCCAGAGGAGGAAACGAAACAAAACGACAAACAUAAUUGGGGUGCUGCGGAUCUUGAAAAGGUCAAAGAAGUCGUUGAAGACAAAGACGAUUUGGAUAUGUCAUCAGCCGCUCUAGGAAAAAUUAUGUCACAUCCACAACCAGUGCGACAAAAAAUCAUCAACAUCAAAAAGGACGACUUAGAAAUGAUAAUGAAUGAACUGGAAUUACCGAAGAGCGUUGUGGAAAGAAAGCUUGUAGAAGUAAACGGUGAUCCGAUUGCAGCCAUGAAAAGUUUUAUGGGUUUUGAUCCAUAGCGUAGGUAUCAUAGAUUUAUACAGUUGCUUGUUGAAUCGUGUUCAUUGAUUGUUACGGCUAUACUGUACAGAAACCAGAUAAAUAUUGCUAUAUCUCAAAA